ACAGUUCUACUGGACGUUUUGGUAGUUCCUUCGUUUCUUGACAGUGUGAACCCUUCAACUUGAAUUUGUGGUAUCUAUUAAAUAUGCCGUCUGUAGAUGGUGAAGAAAAUGGCGAGGAGGAGGUGGAAAGGAGCCCUAAUGAAGACGAGAACAUGAGUGAAGACGAAGAGGAAGAGAGCAGCCUGAGUUCCGACGAAUCGUCUUCCGAGUCCAGCAUCGACGAAACAGAAAACGAGAGAAGAAGAAAUGAAUGUCUUAAUGACAUGGCAGACCUGGAAAGACAAUUUAGCGACCUGAAAGAACAGUUGUAUCGAGAGCGCAUCAGCCAAGUUGAGAAGAAGUUGGAUGAAGUACAAUCUGAAUGUGCCAUGGAGUACACAGGCCCUGUUGGUGAAUUGAAGGAGAUGUGUGAGAUAAGAAUUGAAGUUGCAGGAAUUUUACGAAACUGUAGGUUAGGGAACGUAAGAAACAAAUAUGAUGCUGAUGAACAGGCUGCCAAACAACAUUAUGAGAGUGAAAAGUUGGCCUUGAUGGAAAGCAUGAAGCAAGAGUUGGAAGAAAAAAUUAGAAAAUUAGAAGAAGAUAAACAAAAUAUGGAUAUAUCAGCUGAUAUCUGGCUUGAAUCCCAGUCACUUAAAAAGAGGCACAGGAAGUCAUCUGAUGGAUCCAUGCUCUCUGACAAAAGACGGAAGCCUGUCACUGUUACAGGUCCCUAUAUUGUGUAUAUGUUAAGAGAAAUGGAUAUUCUUGAAGACUGGGCAGCCAUCAGGAAGGCAAAAGGGGCAUUGGCAAGGAGAAGACAAGAAAGUGGUUGUCAAUCUGAGAAAAGUCCAUUCAGUGCACGAUAUGAAGAUGGAAAGCUUUACUAUGAAGGAGAAUGGUUCCACAAAGGUGAUCGUGUACUGAUAGAGAGCAGAAAUGAUACACAUUCCAGUGCUGUAGUUACAGGAAUCAACACUGGAGAGGUGUGGGUGAGAAAAGGAGAUGGAUCAAAAACAAAGUUGUACAUAGGACAAUUACAGAAAGGAAAAUACAGGAUAAAAAUGUCAUGAAAAAUAAUUGAUUAAGUGCUACAUUUUGAUUUACGUUGUAUAGAAUCUGUUAGAUUUCAGUCUAUUUUGAGACAGAUUGUACCAGGACACUUUGAUAGUUGUUAUAUGUGUAAUAUAGUUGGUGCAUAUCACAUGACACUUUGACAUCAUGGCAUGUUGCUGUGACAACAGUGAUGUCUUGAGGAUGGUAAUUUUCAAAUCCAUCAAACUGUCAUGAGAAAUUCAGCAUGUUAACUUGCUCAUGCACAACUGGAAGCAAUGAAAGUUGACCGAUGUAUCCUGACCCUUGGGACAAGAAAGCACAAGACCUAAGGCCCAAAAAAGAGAGCCACAGAGAGUGAGAAGAGAAAACUGAUGUAUAAGAAUUAAGAUAAACAGGAUAAAAGAUAUCAAGGUCAGGAAAGGUUGGCCAGAGAGGGAAGUCUUUUAGUAAUGAGCAAUAACUGAAUCACAAGGAAAACUGUCAGCUACACAAUGUAAAUAAGCUCCCAUACUCAAACAUUCAGACUCUUAGAUGUGUGUGAGAAACAAGAUUUCUGUGUUGGUUGUACCUUGGCCAGAGAAAAACAUUAAAAUUUGUUUUCCAGAUGUACUAUUAUCA